GAAUUGUCCGCGACAUGCCAAUAAUGCCAUCGCCAGUAGAGUGCUGACAACCUACUUUCAAACUUGGCCGCCACAAACGACGUCGUUAUAACUUAUAAGAGCCAUUUUCCCUGGUAAUUCCCGCAUUUUUUAAGACAGGGUCUAGGCUUCGUUUACAUGGACUAGGGUUUUAGCAUGAGCGGAGGAUGAGGAUGAUGGUUGGCUUCCUUCGCAAAGCCCUUAUGCUCCAGGUGAGGUUUAGUCUCACAGCUUCACCAACCCCACAAAGCUUGCAUUUUCUUCUCUACCACCUCUACCCAUUCUCAUCUUCUUCCACAUCCAUUUCAAUUUCUCAAAAAGCACACCCAUUCACUGUGUCUUACCUCGUUAACUCAUGUGGCCUCUCUCAUAAAGAUGCUCUAUCAGCUUCCAAAUACAUACACUUUGAAGCCCCCGAAAAACCCAAUUCUGUCCUUGCCUUCUUCAACAGCCACGGGUUCUCUAAAACCCAAACCUCAAAAAUCGUCAAAACAGAACCUCAACUCCUCUUAUCCGAUCCCGACAAAACCCUUUUACCCAAACUCCAAUUUUUUUACUCCAAAGGCGCUUCCAAGCCUGACGUUGCCAAGAUCGUAGCCUCUUCCCCAGCCAUCAUGAGACGAAGCUUGGAAAAUCAAGUCAUCCCAUCUUAUAAUUUCUUCAAAGAUUUUCUUCAAUCCGACAAGAUGGCAAUUACUGUUGUUAAACGCUUUUCCCGGAUUCUACUAUUUGAUAUUCACACCUACGUAGCAUCUAAUAUGAAUGCGUUACAAGAAUUUGGAGUACCCAAAUCAAAUAUUGCAGGAUUGCUAAGGAAUCAGCCUAUGGCAUUCAUGGUGAGGCCAAAUUUGUUUAGGGAGAAUUUGGAGGAAGUAAAGAAAAUGGGAUUUAAUCCUUCACAAAUGAAGUUUGUUAUAGCAGUCCAAGCAAUAAGAGCCGGGGGGAAAUCUUCCUGGGAAAGGAAGAUUGAUAUAUAUAAGAGUUGGGGUUGGUCUGAGGAAGAGAUUCGGUUAGCCUUCACAAAGUCUCCCUGGUGUAUGAUAUAUUCCGAGGAUAAAAUAAUGACAACAAUGGAUUUCUUUGUCAAUAAAAUGGGGAGGGAGUCUUCUUUGAUUGCUCGCCGGCCCGUGCUUAUCUCACACAGCUUGGAGAAGAGAAUUAUUCCUCGCUAUUCAGUUGUUCAAGUUUUGUUGUCAAAGGGUUUGAUUGAUAAAGACUUUAGUCUGCCAACGGUGUUUCAGUCUACUGAAAAGAUGUUUCUACACAAGUUUGUGAAUGUUUACAAGGAGGAAGCUCCUCAGUUAAUGAAACUUUAUCAAGAGAAGAUCAAUCUUUCAGAAAAGCAAGAUUUUCUUUAAGCGGGAAGUGGUAAUUGUAGAAUGUCCACAUUAUGAAUCCAAAUUUUUCUGCACCUUCCCGGGUGUGGUUGAUUCUGCUAAAAAUGAUUUUGUUCUUCAUCCUUAUACAUUUGGUACUUACUGCAACUAAUUCAGAUUUAUUUUAUAUGGAGGUUCAAUUUAUCCUA